UUCAUGUACUGCAUGUCUUAACCCAUGGCAAGUAAACAGAAGAAAUCAAGCAUGAAGAAGGAAACGCGAUCAAAUUCUGCGAAAAUAUCAGCAUCGUUAAAAGAACAAUUAAUAAAUAAGGAAAAGUUAGAAGAAUUAACCAGCCAAAAUGAAGAUUUACAAAAGAUGAUCACAAGAUAUAAGGAGGAAAACAGUGAACUUAGAGACAAAGUGGAGUACCUUUCUAAAAGAAUUGUGGAGUACGGACAAAGCAAGGGAUAUGAGUUAUCUGAGAGUGAAAAAUCUAAGAUGCCACUGAAUGUAUCAGUAGAGAAUUUGAAUCAAAUAUUAAAUUUAAUUACAAACGGAGACAAACGUAAAAAGAAGGGACCCGUGGAAUUGAGAGUUGAGGAGCUUGAAACAAGAAUCACUCAUCUGAAUAUGGAACUUGCCAAGAUGGUACAAUUAAGGCUGAGUCUAGAAAAUGGCUUAGAGGAUAUAGAGUUUUGUGAGACGCUUGUAGAUGCUAAAACAAAGGCUAGGUUUUUGCUAUAUGAACUCCGAGGAAAUCGUCUCUUUUCCUGUUUGGAACAAGAAGAAGAUGAGAGUUAUGAUGUAACAACAAUCCCUCCAAAUGACGCUGACCAUCCAGUGUCAACAACAGUCCCUCCGCUGGACACACCCAGGCAGUCCUUAGUCAAGGAAUUCCAACCCGUCAGUCUGUCACCACCCCUGAAAAAGCUUGCUGGAGACACACAUAUCAAGAACAUGAACCCUGACCUCAAGAAGUAUAUCAUACAAAACCUCAGCAUGUACAAAGGAAAUGGUGCUGACUGGAGAAUGCUGGGAGAGAGGGUGGGGAUUCCUCUGGAGACCAUUCAGCAAUGGCGGCGCUGGAAGGUAGAGAAUCCGGCGGAGUAUGUGCUCCAGUCCUGGGGUCAGAGUGCGGGAGCCACCGUCCGCAUGCUUCAUCGCCAUCUCAUUUCACCACAGAUGAACUGCAUUAUUCUUGCCAAGCGCAUCAGUGACUUUUACUUGGUGGAGUAAAAGAAUAGGAUUGCCUUACUUAUAAUUGUUUAAACUGCCAUAUUUAUUUGUAUGCUCACAAACCAUGACUACUGCAACACAAUAGUGCACUAGUGAUUUUUUUUUUUUUUUAGAAAAAUUGCAAUAGCACAUAUUUUUUUUUAAACUUUGGUGCCAAUUUUUAUCUUGAUUGAAAAGUGAAUCAAAGGUUUUGGAUUAAUUAAUAUUUAUGUUACAUGUAACAGGUAUCUACAUAUCUUUCUGAUUUAAUAAUUUUUAUGCAUCGAUAUUUUGAUAUACCGGGUAUUUAUAAUUUAUUCAUAAUAUAGUAUUCAAACCCAUAAUCUAUAUAAAAGAGGUUGCUGUUUCCAAUUAAAGACAUGUUUAAAUUAACCCUGGUAUUUGUAAAAACAUUCAAACUCUAAAGAUGAUGCCAUAUUAUCUCAUUAUCUUCUUGACUUUAAAUGUUUUUUUCCCCCCAAAGAUCUUCACAUAGUGUAAUUUUUGUUGAAAGAGAAAAGUCAAUUUUUAAUCUUUUUAUUUUGUAAAUUUUAAUUAUAACACUGCAUGAAAAUCCUCUGAA